CUUUGCUCUUAUCAUUGCUCACAAAACCCACUGCCACCCCUGCCUCCACUCAAAAACUUCACCCACAUCACCCAUCUAAACCUCAUCCCCCUCACCCACCCAGACUCAGACAGCCUCUACAGCUCCACCCGCCUCAGCCUGUCAGACGGGUCAGAGGACCAGCUGGAUCGCCUCCAGCAAGUGGAGCUGGCCAGGAUGACGCCCAUGUCUCAGUGGAGGGCCGGCACCGUUCAGGCCUGGCUGGAGGUUGUCAUGGCAAUGCCUAUGUACAUCCGCACCUGCUCGGAAAAUGUCAAGAGCGGAAAGGUCUUACUGGGACUGACGGAUGAAGACCUGGAGCUUGGUUUGGGCGUCAACAGUUUAAUGCACCGCCGGAAACUUCGCCUGGCCAUAGAGGAUUACAGAGAGGCUGAGAAUGGCAAAGAGCUGUCGAAGGCCGCAGAUUUGGACCACCACUGGGUGGCCAAGGCCUGGUUAAGUGACAUGGGAUUGCCUCAGUACUCCCAGGCUUUCCACACUCACCUGGUGGAUGGGCGGAUGCUGAACUCCCUGACCCGCCGUGACCUAGAACGUCACCUCAACAUCACCAAGAAGUUCCAUCAGGUGAGCCUGUUGCUGGGCAUCGAACUGCUGCAGUCGCUCGACUUCAACAAGGAGGUGCUGCAGGCUCGCCGGAUACAGUGUGAGCACCAGAAUGAGGAUCCGCUGGUAUGGACGUCUCAUCGCGUCGUGAAAUGGAUCAAAGAUAUUGACCUCAAGGAAUACGCUGACAGCCUCCUCAGCAGUGGAGUUCAUGGAGCUGUUAUGAUGCUUGACCCGUCUUUCAACACCGACUCACUGGCGACAGCACUGGGAAUUCCCAGCAACAAACACAUGGUCCGGCGACAUCUUGAUGAGGAGAUGAUGGCACUGAUCGGCUCAGCCAGAGCAAAUACACAGCAAAGUUAUGAUCUUUCAGGUGCGAUAACUCCACCAUCGCUGCUUCGCCAGAACUCUCUGACCAGACCUCCCAGCUCUAACACCCGACACACAGAUGACGAGGGCUCUUUACGAAGGAGGGCUGUGAAGCCUCCAAUAGGGCUCAGCCCGAAAAAGCGGGGUGGGCGAGACGUGAGUUGCCACAGCAGUUUUGGCUCCUUACCACGGGAAGUUCGAGAUCACACUCCCUCCAGAUCCGAAGGAAGCCCAAUCCGAGGAUACUCGAGCAUCGAGAUCACAAACGUGUGAUGGCAAUAGAACUGAAAAUGCAGUGAAUACUCUGGACAGAUUGCACUUUGAAUAAAAUAUGUUUUUUGUUGUUUUUUUUUUUAAGUUUCUUGAUUUCUUGUUUCUUGAAGUAAAUUGUGCACAAGCAGCUAUUUGCUGGUUUGGACUGUCAUUUCUUUUUGCUCUAAUGUCAGAGAACUGACAGACUUAUUUUUCUAUUAUGUGUAUUAAUGUUUCUUGGUGGUUUGUUUAUGUUGACUAACACUGACAGUCAAACUGAUUAUUCUACCCAAAGAAUUGACUCUUUGUAUUAUACAGACUACUUACAGAUUAAAAAAAGAAAAAAGUUUACAGUGUUAAAUGCUCUUGUUUCGUCCCGUUCUCUCCAUUGUGACACCUUCUUAAUGUGGUGGACAGUUGAGAAAAAUCUAAAUAAAAUUUGUAAGUUUUUAUGUGUUUUUUUUUUUUAUUAUGUACAAUUACACCAUUGUGUCUGAAGAAAUGUAGCACCUCCUUUGGAGAUCUAUACUGUGCAGUAAACUUUACAAUACCAACAAAAGAUGUGUGCUGUAAGAAAAUGAAAUGGAAGUUUUGAAAAUGAAAGGAUAAAGAUUGCUUGUGAUAAAAUAAAGAUCAUAAUUCAAAUACAUCUGGACCAGUGAAAGUAAUUUUUCAAAUAAUACACAAAAAAAAUCCGAUGUUUCUCAAAGACACAGUGAGAUGAAACUACGUUUCCCUUGCAAUGUUAUUGAUGAUGUAAUAUCGUCCUUCAGAUGAAAGGAGAUUAAGCAGGAUGGGACCAUCAUCUGUUAUUGUUUGACAACCAAGAAGCAUGAGGAGUUAAAGAAAUCAAAACUUUUGCUUUAGCUGAAGCUUUUGAAUCUGUUGUCAAUGAACAAUUAAAAGAGUACUUGACCUUAAACGCUUUUUUUAUCUAGGUUUUUAUGUGGUAUUAUAUCUUUGAAGAUCUUUCACAUUGUAGGUCACAACUUAAUGAUAAAGAGAGUAUCUGAUAGAUGAGCUCCAGAGCAACCUGCAGCUAUUUAACACAUCCCAGUGUGUAAAAUGAGAUGGUAUUGUUUCCACAAUUGUGAACAUCUUAGGGAGUGUUACUCAAUUGCCAAUUCUUGGAUCACUGGUUUUUAUGAUCUAUAACGUUACUCAAAUUUUCUCCAACACAAUUUUUUUAAUCUGUAUGCUGAUGAUACAUUUGUUUUUCUGGUAGCACACAAGAAGUGGCACUCCUCAAACUCAAAACGACCUUCAGUACUGUUCAAAAUUCACUUGGUAAAUUAUAACCUGCCUUGAAUCCAGUCACAUUCAAUUUUUAAACUCAAGAUCAAAGCUGAUAAGUUGCUUACCUAUGACAAUCUUGCUAGAUUUUGGGUUUUCUCUUAGGCUAAAUAUCUUUGCAUAUUUAGCCUAAGACUGACAGAAUUUAGACAGAAUAUGAGACUUCUGUCUAAAUAUGAGACAGAAGUCUCAUAUUUAGACCAAACAUUUUGCAAUAAAUUUUGUUUCUGCAACCUUUCACCCAUUUUGUUUUAUGGGGAAGUUGUAUGCAUGCCUACAUAUUUCCUUUUAGAGACUGUAUAUGCUGACUCAGUGUAUCAUGGUACUCUGAGUUUAAAACAAGUCUCAAAGUGCCACUGUUUUGAUAUGAGAGGGUAUAUUACUCUCCUCUGUCCACCAGAAGACUACACCAAUACUAUAUCCUAAUUCAUAAAGCAAUUAUUAGAUUUAUAAAUCCAUACCCGCUCAGGUAUAUCACCCAAAACACUGCUUAUGCUCCCAGAACAUCUAUCUUUCCAAAGUCCCAUUGACCUGGUCUGGAAUUAGUCGCAGAAUGUCUUAAAUUUCCGAGAGCUGGUCUCUCUGAACACUUUUAAGUUUCUGAAGAACCUAGAAAGUACUACAUUCUGAUUCAGAUGCUUUGAAAAUUUGAUUGUACUCUUUAUUGUAAAUUUUAAUGUGUAAGUUUUUGUGUGUGAAACUGUCCCUGUGCUGCUGUUGUGGCCAUGCGUCUCUUGUAAUAUAGAUUAUUAAUCUCAAUGAGGUUAAUGUUUUAUGGUGAAAUAAAGGUGAAAUGAAAAA